AUGUUGAAUUCUAUUUCAACACUGAUUUUCAUCUAUCUAUCUAUCUAUCUAUCUAUCUAUCUAUCUAUCUAUCUGUUAUUCCUGUUCAGAUCUAUCUAUCUAUCUAUCUAUCUAUCUAUCUAUCUAUCUAUCUAUCUAUCUAUCUCAUUCUUCAAACAUAUAGACAUACAAUACGAAUUAAGCAUCUAUCUAUUAUCUAUCUAUCUAUCUAUCUAUCUAUCUAUCUCAGUCUAUUCAUUAUAUAUAUCUGUCUAUUCAUUCAUUAUCUAUCUAUCUAUCUAUCUAUCUAUCUCAGUCUAUUCAUUACAUAUAUCUGUCUAUUCAUUCAUUAUCUAUCUAUCUAUCUAUCUAUCUAUCUAUCUAUCUAUCUAUCUAACUCCUCCUAUCAGAUCUAUCAGUCAGUUCAGAUUGGCUAGCUGCAAUUGUCUGUUCACAUCUAGUUAUCACAGUCUGCUUAGAUCUAGCUCUCACGGUCUGUUUAGAUCUAUCUAUCUAUCUAUCUAUCUAUCUAUCUAUCUAUCUAUCUAUCUGUCUGUCACAGUCCUUUUAGAUCCAUCUAUCCCACUAUCAGUUUCUUUCUGUCUUUCAAAGUCUAUUUCUAUCUAUCUAUCUAUCUAUCUAUCUAUCUAUCUAUCUAUCUUACAUAUUCUUCUGUUUCUCCGCAUUUCGAAUCUUCCGCUCGUGUCAACCCUUAUCAUACGUCGAGGUCGUCUGAACGCUCGACACGAAGACGCAUGCGCCGGCUGCGCAAUGCAAUCAGAGUGCUUCUCCAGCAUUCGUCAUGACACGUCAACUCGACAGAUGCACUGA